CAAAAAGCAAUUCGAACUCGAAUUCACAGUGUUGUAUGUUUGUCUUCUUGCGGACAAGUAUGAUGUCUAGACGUCUAGAAGUGGAGCACUAGCUCGAUUUUCAGUUUACCGGUACACGUACAACAAAGUAGACCUUACUACUACUAGGUAGUGCAAGAAAUUGGGCCUAGUCCUAGAGGGUACGAAGAUAAAGAGAAAACUUCGAUUUCCUACAGGAAGGAUGCGACUUCGAAAGCAAGGGCUGCAGAUGCCUGGCACAGCAAUCAUGGUGCAACAACACUGUCAACAAGAAGAAGAGCAAGCUGCAGCUACGGUGCGAUUGUUACAAUGUCACGAACAAGCUGAAGAUGUUGUACAGCUUUUUACCAAGAUAUCGAAGUUGAGUUUUUCGAGUUAUUCUUAUUUUUACACUGUACUCGGUCUCGGUCGUGCGAUAAUUUCAUAAGUACAUAAAAGGUUUUAGAAACGAUGCAGGCGGGUGCUUUCCAUGAUUGUUGACGUGAUCGUUUUGCACGACUAGCGCAGGGGCUUCUCGUGUCUAUUCGAUGCCUGCUCGUGUAUACUUAUUGGAUUGCCUUGUUGAGAGGGUUGAGCAAGCGCACUACAAAGCUGCAAAAGUACGAUUUGGCGUGGUUUAUUGCAGAUUGAAUAGCGUGGUUUAUUAGAAAGAACAGAUUUUCUAUCUACACCGCAUACACUCGAGCUCGUCUGACACCAUGAUAUCUAAUUCUACGAAUGACCCCACUAGACUUCUGUUUUCUUGAUGACCCUGUAGUUUAUCUUUGUCGAGUAUUAAAAGUUUGACGAAGAGCACUAUCAUUUCUCUUCUAAUAAAUUUUAAUUGUUUUCGUAUUCAGAAUGAUUAGCUCGGUCAAAUCUGAUAUUGCGAUGAAAGCACUAGGUAGUAUUAGUAGUAGAUCAUUUUUAGCUUUGUAGCAGUAAAGAAUUGCGCUUAUAAUGAGAUUUUCGAGUCCAACGAAUCGUCGUGGAACUAGAAGACGAGGAAGUAUCUUCGUACCCGUGACGGUGGCCUUUUUAGUGACCCAUCAGUAUCAGAUAUCCCCAAUUAUGAGACAGAAAAAGUUUUUCUGGCCGUGAAGACGGUGGUACUACCUCAGUCAGUGACCUUUCUUUCAGUGACUAAGGUAGUAUUGAGUCAGUCGGUUUUCCUGACGUGGACUACAACAGUGGUGUUGCCUUCAUCAGUCGGUAAGAGCAGGAGGGAACGAAGAGAAGGAAGGCGCCUGCGUCAAGCAACCACUGAGCCGACUCGUGAAAGGGUUCAUCUACAGGGGAUGAAAUCUUGAGGGUGGGCGGCUGGAUGGCAUAGUUUUGUGGCUGUGGCGACAACCAUUGAGCAAGGGUUGUAGGGCACUAGUUCGAUAACUUUGCAUCAAUCUAGCAAAAAAGCUUUUACGAGUCUGUAGCACGCAUGCAAAGGCGGAUCUUUUGCAACUUCGUCUCUUGCAACAGAUAUUGCAACUCACACUCAACCUCAACAGAAGCUGCUAAAUUGGAAAUACGAUCUGGAUCGCUCUCAUGAACUCGGGAGAACCGCUCUCAUGACGUUCUUCGGAUCACGACAUUUUUGUAUUGCUAGAGAUACAAAGAAAGAAGAUCUUUGCCAAAUUUCAUCGAACAGAUUAUGGUUAUAUCUAAGUAGACCUCCACGAAGGCUGCAAACGUGUCGUUGCU